AUGAGUGGCCGGCAGGAGCAGCAGCAGCAGCAGUCAGCCUCAAGUGUGGGGAGGAGAAGGCGUGGUGGUAAGAAUCACCUGGAGACAGGCAGCUCUGUCCACAGAGGAGAGAGCAAGUUUGAGUGCCAGCAGUGUGACAGAACUUUUGUAUCUAGAGGUGGCCUGAAGUACCACUCUCUGACACACAGUGGUGUUAGAAAUUAUGAUGGUGUUAGAAAUUAUGAGUGUGAUGAGUGUGGCAAGAGAUUUCCUACAAUUUCUCGUCUGAAUGGUCACGCCUUCAGACACACUGGGGUGAGGGAGUUUGAGUGUGAUGUUUGUGGCAAGUGGUUCAAGACAAAGGAUAACAAGCCAGAGUACGGUGUAGAUAUUUUCCGUGUGGGUAGCCAGCCUAAGUAG